AGCCGCCACCGGACGGAAAGUUCCGCGGGUGGCUGACGGUGCGGUCCCCGGCCGGAGCGCCACUCGGCGACCGGCACCUCCCCAUCGCCAGCUCCGCGCGAGCGGCGUGGCUCCGAGGCCGCCAAAGUUGCGGCGGAGCCACGGGGCCGCCGCUGCUGCUGGCCAUCAAGUGGCUCGUUAAGGAAAUGCAGUUCCAUCUGGGCCUUUAUGGACUAGGGGCACAACGCGGCGCCUGACUGGCAGGAGGGGAAAGCGGAGACUCCUUCAGGUUUCCGAAGAGGUCCGAACGGACAGCAUUAGGAAAUUUUGAAGAGUCUUACACUUUUAAUCCUCCAGUCAUUGGUUGCGCUGUAAGGACAUUGAGGUGAGGUGGUGGGAGUGAAAAGCAACUGCUUUCCUUGCCCUUUACAACCUAGUUAAGAAUUUGACUGACAGAAUGUUGGCACCAGCUGUGGAAGAGCUGAUCAGCCUCAACUCCAAAUCUCUAUCCUGAGACAUAACAACAGGAUGUACCUUGGAGAAGAAUCUCAGGAUAGAGAAUUUUUUAUUGAGUUCCAAAUUGGCAAGCUCAGGGUUCUGUUGGUCUGCAAGUAAGCCAGGGAAUACAAGGAGUUUGAAUUCACAAAGUUGAGGUGAGAAAUUCAGUGGACAACAGCAAAAUCUACAAAGAUUUAAAGCUCUGAAAAUCAUCUGAAAUUUCAGACUGGACAGACUUGCAGUAGCUUUUAAGCCAGUGAGAACAAGGCUGCCAAAGCAUGCUGGUGCCAAGCUGUUGGAUGAUGCACGUAGUCAGGCCAGUGGUGGUGCUCCUGUGCUUGCUACUCUAUGCUGAUGCAGAAACACCACCAAAGUUUACAAGAACUCCCGUUGACCAGACAGGGGUUUCUGGAGGAGUUGCCUCGUUCAUCUGUCAAGCCACAGGAGAUCCAAGACCUAAAAUUGUCUGGAACAAGAAGGGAAAGAAAGUCAGCAAUCAGAGAUUUGAGGUAAUAGAAUUCGAUGAUGGAUCUGGAUCAGUUCUCAGAAUACAACCACUGCGCACGCCACGAGAUGAAGCUAUUUAUGAAUGUGUGGCUGCCAAUAGCGUUGGUGAAAUUAGUGUGUCCACAAGACUCACUGUUUUACGUGAGGAUCAAAUUCCCAGAGGUUUCCCCACCAUUGAUAUGGGCCCACAGCUAAAGGUCGUUGAACGAACUCGUACAGCUACCAUGUUAUGUGCAGCCAGUGGCAAUCCUGAUCCUGAAAUAACUUGGUUCAAAGAUUUCCUGCCUGUUGACACAAGUAACAACAAUGGCCGUAUCAAGCAGUUGCGCUCAGGUGGUACACCAAUAAGAGGUGCCCUCCAAAUUGAACUGAGUGAAGAAUCUGACCAAGGCAAAUAUGAGUGUGUUGCAACCAACAGUGCGGGUACACGCUAUUCUGCCCCUGCCAAUCUAUAUGUCAGAGAGCUGCGAGAAGUUCGACGGGUCCCACCGAGGUUCUCUAUCCCCCCCACCAAUCAUGAGAUCAUGCCUGGCGGGAGUGUAAAUAUCACAUGUGUUGCGGUGGGGUCACCAAUGCCAUAUGUGAAGUGGAUGCUAGGAGCAGAAGAUUUGACACCUGAGGAUGAUAUGCCAAUAGGGAGGAACGUCCUUGAGCUUAAUGAUGUCAGGCAGUCUGCAAACUAUACUUGUGUUGCUAUGUCUACCCUUGGUGUUAUAGAAGCAAUAGCACAGAUAACUGUCAAAGCUUUACCCAAACCUCCUGGAACACCUGUGGUGACAGAAAGCACAGCAACAAGCAUAACAUUGACUUGGGAUUCUGGAAACCCUGAACCAGUUUCCUACUACAUAAUCCAACACAAACCCAAAAACUCUGAGGAGCCAUAUAAGGAAAUUGAUGGGGUGGCAACAACACGCUAUAGUGUGGCUGGCCUAAGCCCAUAUUCAGAGUAUGAAUUUCGGGUAGUUGCUGUAAAUAACAUUGGACGAGGGCCACCCAGUGAGCCUGUGUCAACAAGGACUUCAGAACAAGCACCUUCAAGUGCACCACGCAACGUUCAGGCUCGUAUGUUGAGCUCCACCACUAUAUUGGUACAGUGGGAAGAACCUGAGGAACCUAAUGGCCAAAUACAAGGUUACAGAGUUUAUUACACUAUGGACCCCACUCAACAUGUCAACAGUUGGAUGAAACACAAUGUGGCUGACAGUCAUAUUACCACUAUUGGAAAUCUGGUACCCCAGAAAACAUACUCCGUGAAGGUGCUUGCUUUUACUUCUGUUGGGGACGGACCACUUUCUAGUGACAUUCAAGUCAUCACUCAAACAGGAGUGCCUGGUCAGCCACUGAACUUCAAAGCAGAACCUGAGUCUGAAACAAGCAUACUGCUUUCCUGGACACCUCCACGCUCUGAUACCAUUUCCAGCUAUGAACUGGUUUACAAAGAUGGAGAGCAUGGGGAAGAGCAACGGGUUUCCACUGAACCUACUACAUCUUAUCGCUUGCAAGGCUUAAGGCCAAACAGCUUGUACUUAUUCCGUCUAGCUGCACGUUCUCCCCAAGGUCUGGGUGCUUCGACGGCAGAAAUCUCAGCGAGAACCAUGCAGUCAAAGCCAUCAGCUCCUCCUCAAGACAUUAGUUGCACAAGCCCCAGCUCCACUAGCAUUUUGGUAAGUUGGAAACCUCCACCAGUGGAAAAACAGAACGGCAUUAUCACUGAAUACUCCAUCAAGUACAUUGGGAUUGAUGGAGAAGAUGUCAAGCCCCAUGAAAUUUUGGGAAUUUCCUCGGACAGUACCCGAUACCUUUUGGAACAGCUGGAAAAAUGGACUGAGUACCGGAUCUCUGUGACUGCCCACACUGAUGUUGGACCUGGCCCAGAGAGCUUAGCAGUAUUGAUUCGGACAGAUGAAGAUGUUCCUAGUGGUCCUCCUCGCAAAGUCGAGGUAGAGGCUGUCAACUCUACUGCUGUUAAAGUGUCGUGGCGCUCACCUGUUCCCAAUAAGCAGCAUGGUCAGAUACGAGGAUACCAGGUCCACUAUGUGAGGAUGGAAAAUGGAGAGUCAAAGGGUCAGCCCAUGCUGAAGGACAUCAUGUUGGCUGAUGCACAGUGGGAAUAUGAUGAUACUACUGAACAUGAAAUGAUAAUUUCUGGGCUUCAGCCUGAAACUACAUACUCCUUCACCGUGACAGCCUAUACAACAAAAGGUGAUGGAGCACGCAGCAAGCCCAAACUCGUAUCUACUACCGGUGCAGUUCCAGGCAAACCUCGUCUUGUGAUUAGCCACACACAGAUGAACACGGCUCUAAUUCAGUGGCACCCUCCUGUGGACACUUUCGGCCCGCUGCAGGGUUAUCGCCUGAAGUUUGGUCGCAAAGACAUGGAUACAUUUACAACCAUGGAGUUCUCAGAGAAGGAGGAUCACUUCACAGCUACAGACAUUCACAAAGGAGCUUCUUACAUCUUCAGGCUCUCAGCUAGGAAUAAAGUGGGCUUUGGGGAGGAGAUGGUUAAAGAGAUUUCUGUUCCUGAAGAGGUACCCAGUGGAUUUCCCCAGAAUCUCCACUCAGAAAGUUCUACUUCUACAUCAGUUCAAUUAACUUGGCAGAUGCCACUCUUGGCAGAAAGAAAUGGCAUUAUCACCAAAUACACCAUCAUGUACAGAGAUAUCAAUGUUGCUUACCAGCCAGUUGAACUCCCUGUUGUUCCUGCUGAUACCACUAUGACACUUUCUGGCUUAAAACCAGAUACCACAUAUGAUGUAAAAGUACGUGCCCACACAAGCAAAGGGCCUGGUCCAUAUAGUCCAAGUGUCCAGUUCAGGACACUACCCGUGGAUCAAGCAGUGUUUGCAAAAAAUUUUCAUGUUAAAGCAGUAAUGAAGACUUCCGUUUUGUUGUCCUGGGAAAUUCCAGAAAAUUACAACUCAGCCUUGCCUUUCAAAAUCCUGUAUGAUGAUGGGAAAAUGGUGGUGGAGGUUGAUGGACGUGCUACUCAAAAGCUGAUCACUAACUUGAAACCAGAGACAUCAUAUUCAUUUGUGCUGACAAACAGAGGGAAUAGUGCUGGGGGUCUUCAGCACAGAGUAACAGCAAAGACUGCACCAGAUGUGCUUCGCACCAAGCCAGUUUUCAUUGGAAAGACCAACUUAGAUGGCAUGAUAACUGUGGAACUUCCAGAAGUACCUUCAAAUGAGAAUAUAAAAGGUUAUUACAUAGUUAUUGUGCCUUUGAAGAGGUCUCGUGGAAAGUUUAUCAAACCAUGGGAGAGUCCGGAUGAAAUGGAACUAGAUGAGCUGCUUAAGGAGAUAGCUAGGAAACGCAGAAGCAUUCGUCUUGAGAGGGAAGUGGAAUUAAAGCCAUAUAUUGCAGCUCACUUCGAAGUUCUUCCUACGGAGUUCACGUUGGGGGAUAAGAAGCAUUAUGGUGGCUUUGAGAAUAAGCAACUGCAGAGUGGUCAAGAAUAUGUGUUCUUUGUAUUGGCUGUAAUGGAGCACUCAGAAUCUACCAUGUAUGCAACCAGCCCAUAUUCUGAUCCUGUUGUGUCAAUGGACCUUGAUCCCCAACCAAUAACAGAUGAGGAAGAAGGCUUGAUUUGGGUCGUUGGACCAGUUCUUGCAGUGGUGUUUAUCAUCUGUAUUGUUAUUGCUAUACUUCUUUAUAAAAGUAAACCUGACAGGAAGAGGGCUGAAUCUGAUUCUAGAAAAAGCAGCAUACCCAACAGCAAGGAGGUCCCCUCUCACCAUCCCACAGAUCCAGUAGAGCUGCGACGCCUUAAUUUUCAAACUCCAGCUUUGAGCAGUAAUUCAGUCCCCUACGCCUCCCUGAUUGGCUCUGUGUCCUCCCUCUCUAGCCAAACUACCACUCAGUCCUUAUAUGAUAAUAACUCUCUCCCACGAUUCGCUCGAAAAGGUAUGGCCAGUCAUCCCCCAAUACCCAUCUUGGAACUUGCAGAUCACAUUGAAAGGUUGAAAGCAAAUGACAAUUUGAAGUUCUCACAGGAGUAUGAGUCCAUUGAUCCUGGUCAGCAGUUCACAUGGGAACACUCUAACCUGGAAGUAAACAAACCAAAGAAUAGAUAUGCGAAUGUAAUUGCGUAUGACCACUCUCGUGUUCUACUCUCAGCAAUAGAAGGCAUACCAGGCAGUGACUAUAUCAAUGCCAACUACAUAGAUGGAUACAGAAAGCAGAAUGCUUAUAUAGCAACACAAGGGGCAUUGCCAGAAACCUUUGGUGACUUCUGGAGAAUGAUGUGGGAGCAACGGGGUGCAACUGUUGUCAUGAUGACAAAACUGGAGGAGAGGUCCCGGGUGAAGUGUGAUCAGUACUGGCCAAGCAGAGGCACAGAAACUUACGGCCUAAUUCAAGUGACCCUUUUAGACACCGUUGAAUUGGCAACAUACUGUGUUCGUACAUUUGCACUUUACAAGAAUGGUUCAAGUGAGAAAAGAGAAGUGAGGCAAUUCCAGUUCACUGCCUGGCCUGACCAUGGUGUUCCAGAACACCCAACACCGUUCUUAGCUUUCCUGCGACGAGUGAAGACCUGCAACCCACCUGAUGCUGGACCUAUGGUUGUACACUGCAGUGCUGGAGUCGGCAGGACUGGCUGUUUCAUUGUGAUAGAUGCCAUGUUAGAGAGAAUAAAGCAUGAAAAGACUGUAGAUAUUUAUGGCCACGUAACUCUAAUGAGAGCGCAGAGGAAUUACAUGGUUCAAACUGAGGACCAAUACAUCUUUAUCCACGAUGCACUGCUAGAAGCAGUGACAUGUGGAAAUACCGAAGUGCCAGCCAGAAACCUGUAUGCAUAUAUCCAGAAGCUGACACAGAUAGAAACAGGCGAGAAUGUCACAGGAAUGGAACUGGAAUUUAAGCGUCUUGCUAGCUCUAAGGCUCACACUUCAAGAUUCAUCAGUGCCAAUCUUCCAUGUAAUAAAUUCAAAAAUCGCCUUGUCAAUAUUAUGCCAUAUGAGUCUACAAGGGUAUGCUUGCAACCAAUCCGAGGAGUAGAAGGCUCUGACUAUAUUAAUGCCAGUUUCAUUGAUGGAUACAGACAACAAAAAGCUUAUAUAGCUACACAGGGUCCCUUAGCAGAAACAACUGAAGACUUUUGGAGAAUGCUCUGGGAGCAUAAUUCUACAAUUGUGGUCAUGCUCACUAAGCUACGAGAAAUGGGCAGAGAAAAAUGCCACCAGUACUGGCCUGCAGAGCGCUCAGCCAGAUAUCAGUAUUUUGUGGUAGAUCCAAUGGCAGAGUACAACAUGCCACAGUAUAUUCUGAGGGAAUUCAAGGUUACAGAUGCAAGGGAUGGCCAGUCCCGAACAGUGAGGCAGUUCCAGUUCACUGACUGGCCAGAACAAGGAGUGCCAAAGUCUGGAGAAGGAUUUAUUGACUUCAUAGGCCAAGUUCAUAAGACAAAAGAGCAAUUUGGUCAGGAUGGACCAAUUUCUGUUCAUUGCAGCGCGGGUGUUGGAAGGACUGGAGUAUUCAUAACCCUGAGCAUUGUGUUAGAAAGAAUGAGAUAUGAAGGUGUUGUAGACAUCUUCCAGACUGUCAAAAUGUUAAGGACACAGCGGCCAGCCAUGGUACAGACAGAGGAUCAAUACCAGUUCUGCUAUCGAGCCGCACUGGAAUAUCUGGGCAGCUUUGAUCACUAUGCAACAUAAAAGCCCAUCGUGGAUUUUUAUUGCAGGCCCUUUAAGAUCCAUAGAGCCGCUUCUGAGCCAUACAAUGUGCUUUAGAAGUACUUCUAAACUCUUAGCUAAGGAGCAAUUUUUGGGGAUAUAGAAAAUUAAUUAAUUAAAAAAUUAAAAAAAAAAAAAAAAAAAAGCGGGGAUACUUAAAACAACAACAAAAAAAGCCCAACAACAACAAACUAUUCCAUGUGGACCAAGAAUUCACAGUUUAAUAACCUAACCAUAAUAAAAGAAUCCUGACCACUGAGGCGUCUGAAGGAUCUCAUUUACAGAUACCUCAAGGGUUCAACUUUGGUUGAAGUUAAAGGGAAGAGGAAAUUAAUCAGAAAGAAUGAUCAUCUUGUUCAGGAUUUUAUGCUGUUGCAAAGAGGAAUUUUGAGAACUGCAGUUCAGUGCAAGUCCUGGCUUUUCAAAGAAAGUGGACUCUUUACUUCAACAUCACCCCUUCCCAUCAUACUGCUCAUCAUAACACUUAGGGAAAAUGUGGGAAUGUUUAAAAAGAAAGUCCUUGAUUUAGUUUUUUAGUAUUGUAAAGAUACUGCUGACCUGUGCUUCAUUUUUAACUGUGUAAACAUUUUCCUUUUUUUAACAAGAGUUUAUCAUUCAAUGAAGUGAAUUAAAGAAAAGGUUGCAUAACUUUUAAUCUUUUUGUUUAAAAACUGUAGAUUUUUUUUAAGCUGUAGAAUUGUAAUCUGUAAUAUUGUGCUGUAGAAAUGUUAAACACUUUGAAAAUGUGCACAUUUUUGUGCAGUCCUAUAUUUAUCUACAGUACUACAGUUUUGUUAGAUAUUACUUUUACAGUUUUGUUUGUUUUAUUUUGCUUUAAGAAAAUAUUAAUUGUAAUCAGUUAAAUCAAAUUGGGGCUUUCUGGUUUCCUUUGGAAUCAACAGGGAGGCGCAAAGUAUAAAGAUGCUGCUAACACACACACACAUGCACACACAUGCACACCCACACCCUCUCUCUUUAUAUAUAUAUAUAUGUAUCUAUUUCUGCCCACCUUUGUCUAAAUCUCUGUGUAGUUACAGAGAUACAGAAAGGUAGAUAUUCACACAUAUACAUUUCAGGUUUUACAUACCUAGAUUUAUCAAUGCAUUGGGAAUUUUUUCCACUAUACUGCAAUUAUAUUAAACUACUAUUUUAUCAUCUCUGCAUUUCCAAGGUCCAUAAACUUCUGUUUCAAAGGGAAGCAAGGAAUGCACAUCGUUGAUAUUUGACCAUCAUCUCUAUCUCAAAUAAUAUUUCUAUCCACAUUGCCACUUGAACACACACACACCCUCAUGCACACAUGCACAUGCACACACACACAAGAGUAUGUGAUCUAGGCUUCCAGUGAAGUUCAAUAUUUGUAACACUAUAGUGCAAUAAGAAAUCAUAUUAUAAAAUGUAGGAGGUGUGCAUGUGGGAAAGGUCAGUGCAUAUCCCUUUAGGAGCGGAGAAUGUUGUAAUAUACUAGGUAUUAAGAUGUUUUAAAACUGUAUUCAAUAGUAUCCUGUCUAUAGUGUGCACUAUAUAAUUUACAUUUAUCGUAUUUAACAGGGCAAAGCCAAACACAUUGCUCUGUGAAAUCAGAUGUUUUGUGGCAUACAGCAUUGGUUGGGGAUGCUGGGUUUCAUUUUAAUUUUACAUUUAGAGUGCCUUAUAUUUGAUGCCUAUUUUGAAUAGCAUUUCUUUAGGUUAGCCUUCAUUUAUGUUUAGUUCAGUUUGUUCAUAUCUUUGUUAUUUUUUCAAACAUUUUAAUACAUGUAUCAGACAAUUUUGAAAAAUAUGAAUUUCCAGUUUCUAAUCAAGUAUGGAUGGUAAUAAAUGAUAACCCAAAACAUAUAGGUAGUCAAAGCCCUUUAUCUUUCCAUAUUUCCAAUAACAGAUGAGCCCACAAAUUAAAAAUACAUUUCUCGUUGGCUUUUCAAACACGCUGUGUUGCUGGUUAGAGUGUUAUCAUUGCAGAGAUGCAGCAGUACAAUAGCAGUAGUUGACAUCAGCAGUGCUUAUGAUCUUUUGUUGUUUUUUUUUUUGUUGGGUUUUUUUUUUCAAUUUUGGGCCAAGUCCUGCUCAUUUACUUGGGUCAACAGAUUGUUAAAGUCAAGCAAUUGCUUUCAGUGGGAGGGUUCACUUAAGGCUACCUAGACUGAGCCCACAGAAUAUUUGAGAAUGACACUAGUUUUCUUCCAGGGAACAAAGAAAAUUCUGUGAACAGCACAAAGUACUUUUUGUGAAUUUUAAUAGGAUGCCAUUUACAUUGACCCUGUUUUCCAUCAUGCCUCCUGCCAUUGUCAGUACAUGGGUAUCAAAGGAAUUCUUUCCUUGGGGUUUCAAAUAGGAGCAUUUUUAUGGCUUGUCAGUGUGACCUCAACUUUUCUUCUUCAACUUUUCCCAGUACUAGCAGAAAGGAAAAUAUGAAAGACCAAACUCCAGCAAGCAUUGCAUUUGAGUACUUUUGUAAAGAAAAAAAAUCAAAACAAAAGCAUAAAUAUAUAUAUUUGGAAUAGAAGUAUUAUAGAAGGCUAUCUCAGAAUGAGAUUCUCUAACUUACACCCGAAACAGAGAAGAAUGUGCGCUAUAUUUAUUUUCUUCUUCUUCCUUGAUUUCUAUUUUAAAAUAACUAUUGAAGUGCCCAGGUUAUGUCAUGUGGUCGUGUUCUUCAGCUCAAAUGUAGAGAAUCAGAAAAACAAGAUAAUCAAAAAGUAUCAUUUUGGAAACAUAGACUAGGGAAGAUUCUUGCACACUGAAUCUGUAAAGGCAUCAGUGUGUUCUCCCUAGCAGACUAUGCAAGCCCCAAAGAAAAUGAGGGAGUUAAAAAAAAGGCAGAUCCAAUUUGUGAGGAAAACCAUUGUACAACUAAAUAUUCAUUUUAGUUAUGUUUCUUAGGAUAAAUGUUAGCAUCAUUGAUGUGCAUUCCACUUUCUUUUUUUUUUUAUAUAUAGUCAUUCUACAAUUAAUUUGGAUAGUGAGCAUCUUUGUUUACAUGCAUCAUACAUUUCCAAGCUUAAAAUUGGUUUCAUCAGCAUAACCAGUAUGGUGCUGUUAUUUAUUGCUGUUUAUAUGUGUAGUUAUGUCUAAUUUUAUAAUUAGUUGCAAUGGAGAAAAAAAAAACAUAAAAUAUAUAAAAAUGGUUUAUACAAAAGUUUAAUUUAGCUCUUUUUUAAAAAAUUGAGUUGUUAGGUAGUAGAGAAAAUGGCUGGAGGAAGGAAUGGCCCUCUAGGGAGAUUUGCACUUUCUAUAUGUACCUUUGUACUAUGCACUGCCCUAUUGAUUCUACACCCAAUAAUGUUACAACUUGAACCCAUCUGCAAGAAACUGCUUCUAAAAUCCACUUAUGUGUAUCUAAAAGACACAGAACAUGUAAAAAGGAAAAAAAAAAUGCAACUGCUUUUUUUCCUUUUAUUCUCUCCUUUUUUUCUUUAGUUUUAUUAGGUUUUUUCUUUUUUCUUUCUUUUUUUCUCUUUUUUUUUUUUUUUUGUGUGUGUGUGUGUAUGCCCUGAUACUCCACAGAUAUCAGAAGGCUGCAGGUCUCAUCAUAACCAUCUGUUACGUGGCUUUGCCAUUCAAGCUUGGAGUGUCUUUACAAAGAUAAUAAAAAAAUUGUGUUCUUUGCUCUUGUUUUGGAUGCAUAGACUAAAAGAAAUUUAAAAAUUACCUUGUAAAAUGGCUUGUUAAAAAAGAUACAAUUACCUCUAAUUAGUAGUACGCGUAAAUGUUUUACAGAAUGAAAGGCGUGCUUUUUAUUUUCUUACUUCGUUACAUUGGUGGCGAAAGAAAGUCUGUAUGAAAAUCAGUUCUUUGCUGACACAAGUUCCAUUUGUUACAAAUGAAUUCUAAUAAAAUGUCAGUGUUAUGCA